AUGAAGUCGUCCCCUCAGCCUCCAAUUGCUUUUCCUACUUGUAUCCUCUGCCUUAUCAUUACGCCUUCCACAGCAGGUGCAUUGCACUCUCUCGCCAUAACCUCCUUCUCGCACUUGAACAACCGCUCAUCUCUCACUGCCCCUCUGCAUGAACAUUCCCUCCUCUCAUACCUCCACUACCACGGCAUAAACAUGUUUCCCGUUCUGCCGUCCAUUGUCCUUCUACUGUUCUUCCAUACGCCCAUCGGCAUAAACACGUUCAAUUUCCACCUGACACACGCUUACCCUGCACCUUGGUUAACAUCCCUCCACACCAACCAAACCCAACCAAUCACAGCCACCGCAAUGUUUCAAACCACAGAGGCAAAAGUAACCAUGCCUCUUGUUUUUCCAUGUACUGUGUCGCGACAUGCCAUGACCUCACUCAAAACCAUACUCGACCUCAUUUCCUGGCGGGGCUGA